AUGAAUUUUAUAAGCGAUUUCACGAGCCAUCGCCGCCGAAAUCUACUUCCCGUCGCCGCCGAUUUCCCGAGCCGACGCCGCCGAUUUCCGGUUUCUCCUGGAGUUACCGCCGCCGAUUUCACGAUUUCUCCGAGAGCCGCCGCCGAUUUCUUCUUCUCAUUGAAAUGUUUUGGAUUGGUGGGGUGGUGGAAGAGAAAACCUGCUGGCCGAGGAGAAAACCGGCCUUAG